UCUCUGCCUCAAAGGUCAGUUGGAAGAAUAUUUCAAAACAGUCCCACAUCCAAUCUCAGGAUGGGAAGCCUUGCAAUUGUCAGAUCUGAUCUUGUGGGAUGACAUGGCUACCUUUGACCAUGUGGUUGGUGCCUGCCAGUGGUCACAGGAAGAGGUGAGCCACCUCCUGCCCACUCUUAGGGCUGAAACCCAUCAGAUUUUAAGUAAUCUGAAUGUGAAAGGGGACCAUAGGAGGAUUAAAACAACUUCCACGAGCAACAAUUCAAGUACCGCUGAGAUCCAGCGGCAGCGCUUCCGCCACUUCUGUUAUCAGGAGGCUGAGGGACCCCGUGAGGUCUGUAGCCGGUUGCAGGAACUCUGCCACUGCUGGUUGGAACCAGAGAGCCACACAAAGGAACAGAUCCUGGAGCGGCUAAUUCUGAAGCAGUUUCUGACAGUUUUGCCAAAGAAAAUCCAAAGUCGGGUCCAAGAACAUGAUGCUGAGACCUGUGCCCAGGCUGUUGCCUUGGCAGAGGGGUUUCUUUUGCGCCAGCAGAAGAAUUUGGAAAGUGAGCCACAGGAGUCUGACUCAUUUCAAAAGGCAGCUGUAAAUCUCUCCGAAGGCCAGCAGGCCGUGUCAGGUGCCAGACAAAGGCUUCUUGCCAAGGAAGUCAAGAAACAUGAUAAUGGGAAAGCAAGCUUGUUAGGUUCCAGAAUCACAAACAGAGGAGCAGGAGCCAUUCAGAAUCAAGAGAUCAAAGACAAGGAGACACAUGGUACUUUGCGAGAGGCUCUCAAAAAGAAAAAACCCUACAACUGUAUUGACUGUGGGAAAUGUUUUGUGAGACUAUCAGACUUGGCAAAACAUGACAAUAUUUCCACAGGUGCCAAGCCUUUUCACUGCAUGGAAUGUGGGAUAAGAUUUAGUCAAUUGUCCCACCUGACUAGACAUCAGAAAAUUCACACAGAGGAAAAACCACACAUAUGUACUGAAUGUGGUGCAUCAUUUGCCCAGAGAGAGUCGCUGGUUAGUCAUCCGAGAGUCCACUCUGGAGAACAUCCAUAUCAUUGUUCUCAUCGCCAACAGUACUUCAGUCAUCAGUCAGCACUUAAAGUGCAUUAAUGUAUCCACACAAGCCAGAAACCUUAUAUCUGUCUAGAAUGUGGGAAAAGAUUUGUUUCUUCUUCUACCCUUAAAAUACACAAACAGAUCCAUACAGGAGAAAAACCAUUUUCCUGUGCCGAGUGUGGGAAACGAUUCAUCCAGCGAUCUAACCUGAUUUCACACUGUAUUGCUGCCUGGAAUGUGGGAGAAGAUUCCAUCAGAAGAGUGCAUUGGUAACACACCAGAAAAUCCACAUGAAAGAGACGGCAGCAGGAAAUAGCAAACAUUUGCAGAAAAAUAAUGAACUGAAAAACUGUGACACUGAAGAAAAGGCAUGCAUUCCAGAAGAAACAGGAGAAAGUGCUUCAAAGGUGAAGGAGCUCACCUCAACUUGUCUUCAUGACUCCAGGUCAAUCCCUUUCUCAUGAUCUUCUUAGGAAAGAAAGACUGUAGAGAAUGUGAAGAGCUCAUGUAUUGUUCCUUCAAUCACUUCUAUUUCUCCUCCAGGGCUGAUCUUUUGAAGAACAUUGCUGGACUUUGUCCCUAGUUUCAGGAUUAGCCUAGAAUAUUAUGGUAGUAGAAAUUGGAAUAUUCUGCAUUGGUUUUUCUCUUGGCAUUUAGCUGUUAUCUACACCAAUUCAUUGGGUGUUUGAGCAAUGUUUCAUCACACUACAAUGACUGGAAAAAUAAAUUGAGCUCUGGUUCCUUGCUUCCUUUUAUUUUUAGUUUGAAAGGAUGACAAGUACCCUGGUAAGAAGAAGGUUCUUGUUUCACUGAUUUUUUCAAGUAGAAAAAGACUUUCUUAUCUGAUUUCUUACAGAGUGGAGCCAGAGCAUAAGACUUCAGGAAAGAUCAUAUUGUUGAGGAUAAUUUGUGCCAUCAUAUUUUAUAAAAUAAAGAUAGGAAUAUGUCCAUAAGAGAUUGUAAAGUUGGCAUCACAUUUCAAUUCAAAAUAAAUACCUAUAGAAGAGAAAAAUGUGAAGCUUUUUAUGUUUCAAAGGCAGCACAAGAGCUGACCUGGCAAGGGCUGAGGGCAGACAUGAGGACUCUGAUAUGUGAACUUCUUAAAUCCAAUCUCUAGUUUAGCUGUUGGUUGAAUAUAAAGAAAUGAAGGAUUGAGACAUUCGCUUUAUCAACAGGGUAAUUCAUAUCAAGGAGUUUGGAGGUUAGGAAAGUACAUCAUGCAGAAAUUUGCACAUUUUUCAUCAUGUCUUGAAUUUUGUGAAGUUUGUCUUCUAGAUCACUGAGAUGAUUGUAUAUAUAAAUAAUCGGAGAUGUGAACAUUGUUUUUUGGCAGAAAGGAUCAGGACUCAAAUGUUCCAGAGAAAUAUGAUUUCAUUGUGUGGCUUUUAUGAGUUAUGUUCUCAGUCUGAACUGCCUAUCUAUAAAUGUAUAAGAAGGGCCCAUUGCAUAAUUAAAAACUAAAAGGCAAUCAAUAUAUUGAACAUGCCAAAGAAGUGUUUCAACAUCAUGUCAAGUCCAAGGUAUAACUGCUUUGAAACUCAUUGGAUUUGUUAGUCAAUACAUUUUGAUGUGAAAAUUUGGUCCCAGUACUCAUCAUUUAUACUCAUCACAUAAGCUAGUACUUGUCAUUGUCAGCUGCCAUGUGACUUACUACAUUAUUCCUUAUGGGAAAAAUUUGUUUGGUACUUAUCAUUUUUGAUACUCAUCUUGCCUCCUGGAGCCAAUUAACGAUGUGUACCAAGAUACCAUAGUAUUGUCAAUGAUAUUAGUCUGAUUGGAAAUCAAUUGCUGUGGAAUUUAGUUUGUAUGUAAAUCCUUCCUGAGAAAUGAAUCCUGCUGUAUUCAGACCAGUUUGCUCUGUAAUGAUUAUGUUCAAGAUUGCUCUCUUAAGCAGAUCUUCACAUAGAAACAUAUCUCUUAAAAAUGCAGACACACUCAGUCUUGAAGAAUCAGUAUAUGU